CAAUAGUUUCGUAUCACGACUUGCACCUGCUGAAGAAUUGAUCUACGUAAAACACAACACAUUGCAGUCUUUCGAGGGCAAAUUAACCAGUAAAAAUGUUAUCAAAUUUUGUAAGAGAGUACAAUAUCAACCGGGUACUUUUGUUGACCAUAGGUUUUUGGCCGUUUCAAAGCAAACACAUAAAAAAUUUGUUGUGGACUUCUUUCUUCCUGCUCGAAAUAAGUUUCUGUCCGUGGCAGAUAUUAUUGUUGUACAAUAAUUCGAACGAUACAAAAAUGAUUUUCGAAGGUUGUUAUCAAUUUAUCCUCUCAGUCAAUUUUAUCGGAAGACAGAUGAAUCAUUUGUGGAAUAGCGACAAGUGUUACACAUUAAAUCGUCUCCAUACUUGUUACAAUCAGUUUCGAUACUUAUAUAAAGCUAUUGACGAGCAUUGGGAUAUAUUUACAAAUGAUGUGGAAAUUCAAAUUUUGAAUGACUAUGCCAAGUUGUCGCGAAAAGUUACAAAAUAUUACGCUAUGUUACUGUAUAUCAUGAUGGUGAUAUUUCUAGCAAUACCGUUAACUUCGCCGCUUCUAGAUAUCGUAAUGCCUUUAAACGAAUCACGUCCGCGAUUCUUUGCAUUUGUAAUUGAUUUCAAAGAUAAAAAUGAGUAUUUUCUACCAACUUCUUGUUACAUUACCGCAAUAGGCAUAGUGGCUACAAAUGUCAUGGUGAGCAGUGAUACGACGCAUAUCAUGUGCAUCCUUCAUGUUUGCAGUCUGUUUGCUGCCAUCAGCACACAAGUUGAAAACAUAAUUCCAAAAGAUAAUAAUAUCAAAAUAAAUAAACGUGAAUACGAAAUGGGUCUUGAUUCAUCAAAUGAAAAAAUAACAUACCAAACAUACAUAAAAUGUUUAAAAAAAUAUCAGCUUGCUCUAGAAUUUGUUGAUAAGUUAGACUCAUGUAACACAACAAUUUCAUUAAUUACUUUAAUAUCUGUUAUUGGAGUUAUAAGUUCGGCUGGAAUCCAGAUUGUCUUCGUAAAGAAUCAUCUGAACGAUUUGAUAAAACCUUUAGUUAUUUUGAUGGGUUCGUUAGGGUGUCUAAUGAUUUUAUGCUAUUCUGGUCAAAUAUUAACAAAUGAAAGUCAAAAUAUAUUUUAUCGAGCUGCUGUGAUCAUCGGUGAUUAUUCACUGUCUUUUAGUGAUUCCAUUUAAGAGGGGUAGGAGUGAAGAGGGUACUCUCAUUGAUCAAAAUCAGUGUAUUAUCAUUGAAAAACAAUGCAUAUAUCACUGAUUGAUAUAAGUAUACCGCUGAAAUCAAGCUGUUCACUGUCUUUUAGUAAAUAAUGUACUAGUUCUGAUUUAGAGAGUAGCUUUUUACACGUGCUACAUAUACUUGAUCAAGAUUUGCAAUAAUAUUAAUUCUAAUUUAUAUAUAUAAUAUAUAUUUCAUCUUGAAUCUCGGAAAAAAUGGAAUUUUGAUUAAAAU